AAAUUAAUGAUAAAAGAAAAGUGAAAAAUCGAAAACCCAGAUAGCAUAAACCUUAUCGAUUUCUCAUUUUGAUAGUCAUCACCACAUCGUUUUAGCCAUCGAAAAACCGACGAUAUCUCCAUAACAAAGCAAACAAAAAAUGGCAAUGAUGCUUUCCUCCCAAACCGGCGCAGUCCUCCGCGCCCCAUUCCUCCCCUCCCACUCUAACCUCUCCCGCCGCCUUCCUCUCACCGCCACCACCACCACCACCACCACCCUUUGUCUGCCAUCACAAAACCCCCUAUCUCUCGCUCUCAAGUUCCCUAAACCAUCACUGUCUUCGACUAUCACCCCCAAACAACGUAUCCAUAGGGUUCACCUCUCCCCCCAAUCCACACAAAUCCCUACCGAGUCACAACCCCAGCUCAUCGGGUCAACUCGAACCGUCGCUACUAUCCUAACCCUAGCUCUCUCUCUCUCACGCAUCUUCGUCACUUCAAUCCAAAAAUUCGUUCUUUCACAUAAUCUUUUCCCCACUCCUGAUCAACUCGUGGCGAUUCGUGCUUUACAAAGCAACCUGGUUCACUCAGUGGGCCCCUUUUUCUUCGCGGCGCUUAAGGACCGUCCUACCGGGUAUUUAAACACCCCAUUGACGGUGGUUGCGGCCGGUUUGGCUAAAUGGCUCGAUAUAUAUAGUGGGGUUUUGAUGGUCAGGGUUUUGCUUAGUUGGUUCCCUAACAUUCCUUGGGACCGUCAGCCCUUAUCAGCUAUAAGGGACUUGUGUGAUCCUUAUUUAAACUUGUUUAGAAAUAUAAUUCCUCCAAUCUUCGAUACUCUUGAUGUUAGCCCGCUUUUAGCUUUCGCGGUUUUGGGCACACUCGGUUCCAUUCUUAACAGCAGCAGAGGAAUGUACUGAAGAGGAAUCGCUUUGCCAACCAAUUUUACUGAGGUUAGGAACAUUCUCAAAAUUGAAGCAUUGAACAUCAACAGAUGCUUCAACUUUCCUCUUUGCUAUACUUGGAAAGCAGCUGCUAUGCCAAAAAGUUGCAUAUGUGUGGAUUGGAGAACUUUGGCACAUUUUUUUGGAUUUUGUUUUGUAAAAUUAGCACAGUAAAUGUAGAAAUUUGAAUUGUUUCAAAAAGAUUUAGUGAAAUAGCAUAAACUAUGUUGCACUUUAGAAUAACAAUAUUUAGUAAAUGUUGUAUUUUUGAAGUGUGACAAACUCCUAGUUCUAUAUUGAAAUCUCCAGGGUUAGGAACAUUCUCAAAAUUGAAGCAUUGAACAUCAACAGAUGCUUCAACUUUCCUCUUUGCUAUACUUGGAAAGCAGCUGCUAUGCCAAAAAGUUGCAUAUGUGUGGAUUGGAGAACUUUGGCGCAUUAUUUUGGAUUUUGUUUUGUAAAAUUAGCAUAGUGAACGUAGAAAUUUGAAUUGUUUUAAAAAAGAUUUUGGUGAAAUAUCACAAUUUGACUAUGUCGCACUUUAAAAUAUUGACAUUUAGUAAAUGUUGUAUUUUUGAAACGUGACAUGAUCAAACUCCAAAUCUUCUGCCUCAA